AUGGCUCGCCCAGAGGAUACGAUCAGAGCUCCCCGCCAGUAUGGGGUUGAUGCGGGUGACGAGGAUGAAAUUAGGAUAACCCCAGAGUCGAGCUUUUAUUCGACAGGUUCGAACAGUGGACCGUCCAGUCACGAAGAUGAAUCUCCGAAAGCCAACCGAGGAACCGGACAUGGCAACACCGGCAAAACCCAUGCCGAACAGAGACCACCACAACUGUCACAGGAAGAAAUCAUUGAGCUGGCACGGCGAGCCGUCGAGAGCGGGAUCCAAGAGACGAAACGAUCGCUCGCCGGUAGUGAAGCCGUGAGCGAUGUCGUAAGGCCUAAACUGACGAUUGACCUGGGCCAUUCGAACAUUGGUCAGAUUCCAGAGGCAGUUGUGGAUAUCAUCAAGGAUGAGGUUGAGAGGUUGUCUCUGUCAAAUAACCAACUGUCCCGCAUCCCAUAUCGGUUUUCAGAAUGCGCUCAUCUUCGUUACCUCAACAUUCGAGCGAACAAUUUCCGCGAAUUCCCGAAAGGGGUCUAUCUCAGUCGGAACAAAAUCAGCAAAAUCCCGGAUGAAAUUCGACAGUUGACGUCUUUGCGAGUCUUCUCUAUCAUGCAAAACCGGCUGGAUGAUUUGCCGGCGGGACUCGCGGACAUGAACAAAUUGCAGAUUCUGAAGGUUGCUGGGAAUUUUCUGAAAUAUCCGUUGCGACGAGUCCUUGAAGCCAAAGAGAGUGAAGUAGCCUCUUUGUCUAUGACGGAUACCGAAAGGGAAGUUGCAGUCACUGCUGAAGUCAAGAAAUUUCUGAAGGCUAGGGUCCAGCAAACCACUCCAGAGCCCGAAAGCGGGAGCGAUGCAAGUGAGAUUCUAGUCGAUACCCCAAAACCUGUGAAACGGGGGGCCAACAGUCGGUUUCCGGUGAUCCCCAGCACGGGUGAUGGUUCCUCAGACCCUCGAUCGCCGUCUUUCUCCAGACCACCGCCUAUUCCAAUGAGGUCCCAUCAACGUCUGGCCUCUGGUCAGAACAGUGGCUACUCGCGACCGGGCGUCUCGCAUCAGGGGAGUAAUGAACGUAACCGAAGUAAUAGUGAAGGUGUCCUUCCAAUGUCUGCUCGCAAUAAGCGUAUGGGGUUAGUAUCGAGAAAAACCGACCUGAGCACUCUGGAUGAGAUGCGGCCAUAUCGCAACAGUCAUCUACGAGGUCUCAGCCAUGGUUCCAUUCUGAGAACCAAUCCAUCUGGUGGAGCGAGUGGGAGCGGCUCGUCAAGUCCGGGCAGUCCCCGAGGUGAACCUAGGAGGGUGCGGGACACCUUCGUCCGGCGAAUGUCGAGCUUGCCCGAACACAAAGAAGAAAAGGCCCAAGAACCGAUCAUUGAAGGCGCAAAGGGGAUUUUGUUCUCUCUGUUCCAGAUUCAUCCUCACAUCUCCACGCUAAUCAAUGUCAUCAAGGGAGAUGACGCACGCCGGAACAGCUUGGAGAUUGUCUUCUAUAAUGCUUCGACCCAUGUGGAUCAGUUGAAUGAAGCCCUGGAAAAUGUGGAAAAUAUGUCUGUGGAUGACAGAGACUUUGCAAGAAUGUCCAACGAGGUGAAGCGUGAAUGUGUGACAUGUCUUAUGGCAUACACGCAUGUUGGCACGCUGCUGCGACAGAGUGUCGAGAAAAUCAUUGCCAACGGCGAUGCACGAUAUGUCCGCUCACUCCUGCUGAUGGUUUACGGUAGCUUACUUGAGUUGCGAAAUGCCUGUAUCAACCUUGGGGCUCCACUGCAAACACGGAAGCAGAGUCAGGCGUUGGGUGAUAAACAUCCACAGGCAGAGGCAGUGCAAGGCGAAUUCGGCCCUGACCGUUUUGCAGGGCCGGCUGUGACGCCUACUAGGGAGAAAGCUCCGCCCAUGCGUCGUCUUCGAAGUGAUACGACAAUUCAGCAUCCUCAGGGGGGUCCUGGAAACUCGUUUCCAUCUACCUCGACCUACCAGCCUUCAACGCUUUCACCAGUAUCUACUCCGAAUUCUGUACCCCUCAAUUAUGGUGGGCGGAGUCGGUCGAAUAGCAGAUCUGCUACGGUUCUAAAUACGUCAGUGCCUUCGUCACUUGCCACUCCCCGUUCUGGAGAAUCAUUCCCCCCGAUCCCUAGUUCCUCAGCGAGCCGGAUCAACCCAGUGACGGGUAUGGAUGAGCUCGAAGAGGACCCACUAUUCGAGAAGAUUUUCAAACAACUCACCUCUGCCUAUCAUGCCGCUCUUCACGCGCUCCCUCUUGCUUAUCGACAGUUCACUCGAUGCUUGGAGAUGGCAGAAGAGGCCCGAGAGCCAGAAGAGGUCCGCAGGCUCUGGAAUAACCUCAUCAGACGUUGCCGUACAUGUUACGAGUGCUCUGAAGCCCUGGGUGACCGCCUAUCAACCAUGAAGGUCAAGGAACCGGGAGGUGGCGUGAGGAAUCAACGGGAAUUCUGGCAGCUUUGCAAGUCUUUCAUGCAGUCUUUUGUCGACCUGGUGACGGACAUGCGAGAUGCGAGGAAUCUGCAACUUCUCCCGACUGAUGUUAUUGCCAUCUUGCGACCCGUUCAAAAGGCCAGCAGGGAGGCGGGCAGACUAAUCGAGGCUUCGCCCUGGUCUUAUCUUGCGGACAUGAGCACCGCACCAAAUGCUCCGGGCAUUUAUGGUCCACCACUGCAGCCGCAGAAUCCGCAACAUCAUCCGACAUCCACGGCCCCUUUCAUGUCCAACGGAACCCCGAUCGGCGUCAGUUCUAGCACGUCGCCCCAGUCGGUUCCUCUGCCAGCUACGCCUUUGAGUGCUGCAUUAGGUCCUGCCGCACAAGCUACGGUGCCGUCAACUCCUGUGAGCGCCUACAGCGACAAGUUCUUUGCAGGGGAUGUUUUUCAGAGAGCCGACUCAUUGCUGGCAAUGCAAAACCAAGCGCCGUACUUAUAUCGUCGGUGA